AUGAAAAUGAUGGAAAAGAAUGGCACAUUCGACUUGGUUUCAGACGAUUCCGACCACCGAUUCCGCCACCACAACAUCUACAAAAACUGCUUCACACAUUCAAAUACCUUUGCAUGCAGAAGAAUCAUGAAUGAGUGGAAAUUCCUUGCAAAACACCUCCCAGAUUCCAUCCACGUUAAAGCCUACGAGCACCGCUUUGAUUUACUCCGCGCCGUCAUCGUCGGCUCCCCCGGUACACCUUACCAGGACGGUCUCUUCUUCUUCGACAUCGCGCUCCCCAAAAAUUACCCAUUCAAACCACCAAAGAUCCAUUACAUCUCAUUCGGGUACCGUCUCAACCCGAAUCUCUACCCUGACGGCACUGUUUGCGUAGGCAUUCCCAACACAUCGGAGGGUAAAAAAUUCAAGAACUGGAGCGCAGGUAGUUCGUUACUUGAGGUUUUACUUUCUAUUCAAGCAAUCGUUCUUAACGAGAAGCCACUGUUUAACGAUCCUGCCUACAGUAUUUCAGAUUACUCUCUAGAAUCCAAGGCAUGUGAUUACAAUGCAUCCGUUUUUGUUUUCACAUGCCACUCCGCUAUUUGCCUCAUUCGAAAACCACCUAAGAACUUCGAGGAAUUUGUGAAACAACACUUUCGUGAACGAGGACAUGUUCUUCUCGGCGCGUGUAAAGAAUACGCGAAUGGCCGCGUCAGGGCUGGACAUUACGGUUAUAACAGCAGCAACAAUAACAUGGCGGUUAUUGAAGUUACAGAGUCUUUUCAGGGGUCGUUACAAAUUGUUUACCGGAAUAUGUAUAAGAAGUUUGAAGAAUGUGGCGCUUCAUUGGAGGGUUUCGUUGAAGAGUUGGAGGUGGAAAAACAAGUAAAAGGCAAGAGAUCCAAAGGUGUGAAAGGAAUGUUAAAGAAAGCUAUGGGGAAGAUCAAACAAGCUUUGGGAUGGUAG